AGCAACCCCUCCACCGUCAACGAACCUGCUGCCAGUUAUGAGCGCCAGAACCGACGUCGAAGCCAGCCGGGCGCAGGCUUCUAGCGGCGUCACCCCCGAAUCGCUCAAGUCGACCUUGGAACAGAAGCUCGGAGCUACUCAUGUCGAGAUUGUGGAUAUGUCGGGUGGCUGCGGCCAGAUGUUCGAAGCCAUCAUAGUUUCUCCCGAGUUCGCGAAGAAAACGACCCUCGCCCGCCAUCGUCUUGUGAAUGCUGCGUUAAAGGAGCAGAUUGCGGCCAUUCACGCUUGGACUCCCAAAUGCCAUACCCCGGAGGAGUGGGAGAAGAAGAAGGCCGGAGCAUAAUGAGACGAGAUAGGUACGGGAAUUUAAUCGGUCGGGUUGGGAGGAGUCUGUGCAGAGCCGGCUGCAGAAUACUGCAGCAUUUGAGUUGAGAAAGAGCGAGGCAGACAGUCACAGCAACAACUGAGAAUUACUGUUGCAAACAGAGCGAAUGGUAAUAUCUAUUCAUGAUCCUCGACUAGCUCAGGAGUACUCUGAUUUCGCCACUGGUGCGAGGGAAUAGCUCUCUCAAGGUCGGAGCGGGCUGUUCCUCUGCACCAAUUUCCAUCAUCCGCAGCUCAUCAGCAGCCAGAAUCCUACUUUCGACAAACUCAAAGUCUUCGCAGAACUUCCCCGCCGCUGCCUCUGUGAUCUCCUGUGCCAUUUUCGUACUCCGCAGCCUUUUAAUGUUGUCUCCU